AUGGCGUCCACUCGAAAGUAUGGCUGCAGCAGCCCUUGGGUUGGGUUCCCAGCACCUAUCCGUCUGCGACGUUAUGCUGCACUCUACUUGCCGACAUCGAACUCCGUCGAAUCUGCCCUAGGAGUGUUUCGAUUCUAUUCUCUGUUACCCUCCUCCACCAUGCUCGUUUCUUGCAGUUCCUUGCCUCACCCUCACAGUAGCAAUCAGUCAGUUUCUAUGGAAUCACUCCCUCGAAUCUCGAUGACGGAUCGUUCUGUACAGAAUCAAGAAAAUCCCAUACAGUCCAAGACUCCAGUCAGGUACAAAUGGAUCCUCCUACGACCCAGUAGCCGCACAUGCCUCGCACCACGUCGCCUGCUCCAUCUAAUUGACCUCCUGCAUGCUUGCAUAGUUAUGGAUACCGUGCCCCAGUUCGGAGCGGUGUUCCUUGCAAGAAGGAGACAACUCGCACACCUGAGAAGUGAGAACAGGUUGUGUGCUGUCUUGGCCAAGCCAGGAGAGGCAGCGAGCUGUUGGCAUUGGCAAAACCGCACUUUACUAUGUAAAAGCCAAAAGGCAUGGCGAGCACAGGGGUCCAAGACAGAUGGAUGUGCGUGCAUUGGCAAGGAUGGCCGAUAUUUGGCCCGUGCUGCGGCUGCGAAUUCAAGAUUCGAAAAGCAGUAA